AUGAAGUCAGAUUAUUUGACUUGGGAAAAAGGAACCUUUCUUACUGAAAAAGGGUAUCUGGUAAGAUUAGAAAUGAAAUUGAUGAGAAUUUCUGAAAUCAGAAUUGAGUUUCCCGAAGAUAAUCACCGCGGUAAGCCUAUCCAUCUUCACAUAGAUGGUGAUAAAGGUAAACCAGUGCCAUGGGUUAGUCUAGAAGCAACUCGCCAAUUCUUUUUUCAACAAGUUUACCAAAGAUUUGUAUUUAUUUUUCAAUAUGAUCCGCAAGCUUCUCCUAAAAGAAUGUUUGAACAUUUUAAGGAGUCCAUUGAGACCGGUAAAAAGCAUAUUCAACCCAAAAAUCUCUUAGUCUCUAACAAUUUAGAGGCUAUUUAUCGUUGCCUCACUCCGGCUAGAUUAGAAAUCUUUACUUGCUUAAUCGAAAAAAAACCCAAUAAUCUGACCGAACUAUCCCAAAUACUCAAAAGAGAUUACGCUAAUGUCUGA